AUGUGUAGACUCCUUUAUAAGUUUAAUCUCAAUUGGUCAAGCUUAUCUCUAUAUAAACAUUGUAAUCCGUUCCAUUGGAGAUUCAUACAAUAUCCAAUGGUUAAGAGUGAUUUUCUAUUGACUCCAUAUCAAAUAUUUAUAUUACCAUGUAUUACCCUUAUUUUUUGGUCUCUAUUUCUAAUAGUCUUCAGAAUUGAUGGAAGUGGGAGAUGGAAUGUAGACAUAGAUUGGCUUAUUCUUAAUUCAAAGAGAGAUUCAAAUGUAACUUGGUUUGUGUUUAAUGAAACGAAGGAACUAUGCUCAUGUUUUACCAAAUUUUUUAAUGAAUGUGAUUUAAAAAAAAUUAAAGGAGACAAAAAUUAUACGUGUACAUGUCCCACUAGAUUUGGUCGUGGUCAAAUCACCUACUGUAACAAAUCGAAUUAUUACGAAGAUAUGUUAGAAUAUGAGGAGGAAACUAUAGAUCUUUAUGUAUUAAGCAACAAAAAUAAUUGCCAACAUUAUGGAGGAUAUUCAAAGUUGACAGAUAAGAAGCCCCAACAACCCUGUCCAUUUUGCUACGAAAUACUUGGUUUUAUCCAUUUAAAUUCACUAAAAAUAAUGAGAUCAACAUCAAUGUCAAAUACAUUUGCAGAUAUUGAUUUUCGAUUAACCACUUAG